AUGGCAUACUUCAUGCCGGAUUCUGAUUUUGAACUCUUCAUGUCGGAUUCUGAUGUGGAACUUACCCCGGAUUCUCAGCUACUGCCUGCCACCCAACCAAUGCCAAUCUCCGAGCCGAGCCUGGUGCCCGAGCCAGUGGCCCAGCCAAUCUGUCAACCAAUGCCCCAGCCAGUGGCCCAGCCAGCCUUUGAGCCAAUAUUCCAGCAUAUGCCCCAGCAGAUGCCCCAGCAGAUGCCCCAGCAGAUGCUCCAGCCAGUGGCCCAGCCAGUGCUCCAGCAAAUGCUCCAGCAAAUGCUCCAGCAAAUGCUCCAGCAAAUGCUCCAGCAAAUGCUCCAGCCAGUGACCCAGCCAGUGAUCCAGCCAGUGCUCCAACCAGGCGACAACCACGUAUAUACGUUUCCUCUGCUGUAUUGA